AUGCAAUAUAAUCAAGAACAAGAAACUUUGAAACAAAAUUUCAUAGAUAAAUUAGCGGGGUUAAGAUAACUUGCAGAUAAUGAAAAACGUUACACAUUAGAGAUUAUAGCAAACUAUGAAUAAAUGUUGAUAUAAAACUAAAUAUCAUUUAAAAAAAGUAUUAAUUUGAAGGAAUAGGAAAUAGAUGACUUAAGAUAACAAUUAAAACAGUCUAACAACAAUAUAGAUAAAUUGAUAUUCAACAACGAAUAAUUAAAAAUAUAAUAAGAAAAAGUUUUUACUGAUUUCAAAAACCUUUAGGAGAAAAUUAAUUAAAAUUAUAUAGAUAAAAAUGAAGAAAAAUAUCAAAAAGAUUUAGUAUAAGAAGUUUAAAAAUUGAAUUUUUCUUCCUAAGAAGUUAAAAUUCAAGGUUAUGAUAUCAAUGAAUUAUCGAAAGAAGCAUAAGAUAAUCUUAAACAACUGCAGGAUUAAUUGAAAAUUUUGGAAUAUAGAUAUAGUUGCAUCUAAUUUAAAUAGAGAUAGAACUAUAGAUUGAAGGAGAUGAAAGAAGAAAAUGAAUAUAUUUAGGAUAAAUUAGAAAAAAUAAAUCUCCAUUAAAAAUAAAAAUGCAGGAGUUACAUAGAUGAAUCGAAAUAAUAUUAAGAUUAAUUGAAAAAAUGUUAGAAUGAAUUGAAAAUAUGUUAAGAAUUAUUAUAAAAAUGCCAAAAGGAUUCUCAAAUAAUGAGAGAAGAAAACGAAAUAGGUAAAGAUAUUUGUGACAAAAAACAAAUUAUAUAUAAAGAAGAAUUGAAAAAAGUCAAAAAAGUACUUUAGAUUAAAGAAUCUGAAUUAUUCAAUUGCAAGAAGGCUUUGGAAGAAUCAGAACGAAAAUAUUAAUAAUUAUAGAUGUAAAACAUAAAAGAGAAAGAAGAAUUUCAAUUCUAAACCUAAUAAUUGAGAUAGACAUAUGAUUCAACAAUUGAUAAAUUAAAAGCUUAAAAUGAUUGCAUAUUAAAGUAAUAAAAUGAACAAAUCCAAUAAUAUGAAUAAAUAUAAAAAAGAAGGUAGAACGAAGAAUUUGAAAUCUAAAAAUAAUAAUUGAGAGAAACAAUUAAUCAAUUAACAACAUAAAAUAAAUCCCUUGAAGAGUAUAUAUUAUAAUAAUAUAUUUAUUCUAUGAUAUAAUGA